AUGGCGAGCCGCGAGGAGUACUAUCCACGUUAUAUUGGAACGAGCUCUGAAUGUUCUGCGAAGGCCAGCAAGACGGAGAAGGAGCUCGAGAUCGAGAUCGAGGACCUCAGAGCCAAGGUCAAUUUCCUCCGCCUUUUCUGCACUGGGGCUGGUGGGCUUAUCGCCAUUUCCAGGUCUAAUACAUUUGCCUUCCCUGACGUUGAAUUAUUAAUCGUCUCUGGUCCGACUGACCCUGCCAAUCCUCUGUCCAGUUUUCCCUCCGUUCCUGCCCAUCGGGCUGUCCUGGCAAGUCGUUCUCCAGUGUUUCGGGCCAUGCUCGAAAACGACAUGGAAGAAAGCAUCAGUGGGACCAUCAAAGUCAGUGAUGCAUCAUACGAUGCCCUCCGAGCUUUUGUCAAUUAUUUGUACACAGCCGAAGCAUGCCUCGACGAGCACAUGGCAAGUGACCUUUUGGUGCUGGCUGAAAAAUAUCAAGUCACGUAUCUGAAGACCUACUGUGAGAAGUUCCUGAUGUCCAAACUGAACUUGGAAAACGUACUCCCAUGUUAUGCUUUAGCUCUCCAGCAUGGUGCAAAAUGUUUGCGCUAUGAAUCAUUGUCAUUGAUAAUGGACAACAUGGAUAAGCUUAGCAAGGGAGAAGAGUACAUGGAACUUGUGGAGAAGGAUCCUAGGGUGGUCGUAGAAAUCUAUGAAGCUUGUCUUUCCAAAUAG